GCUCUCUGACUGGCAACCAGCUUGAGCAUUGUGUCUUCUGGGCAAAGAGAGUAAGAGAAGGAAGGGGGAGAAAGGACAGAGAGAGAGAGAGAGAGAGAGAGAGAAGGAAUGACAUAUGGACGGGGGGGCGGCACAGAACAUCUCCACGCUUUACGUUCAAAAGAGCAACUUGACAAUGAAAAUGUUUUGCGUUUGGACGUUCAAAAUCUGACUUCCUCAGUGUGUGAUUAUUCGGGACAUUUUGAUACAUAACUAUUGAUUUAAAAAAGAGAUUCACAUGAGUAUGAGAACUGUUGUGUCAGACCGUUCUAACUUCAUAAAUUGACGGACAGACACUGACAGGCUGCAGUGGAGUGUGAGCGACCUGAAGGAGGAGGGCUUUAAACGCUGAGACGAUACAACACGUGCGUUCACAGAUCACUUGAACGGAUUUUGCAUGACAGACAGAUGAGCCACACUUGAUGUCAUAAUGUAUAUGUGAACUCUUUGAUAUCAACCCAAUCUUUUGGUGUCUGGGACGUUUUGCAGGAAUAAAAGGAUUUUGACUCACAUCCUCAAAAUACACUGACAGACAGAUACAGGAACUCGUUAUGAGCAGCUGCUGGAGAGUCAUUCAAAACCUUGAAUAUGCCGCCCAGGUUUUAAUGAGAAAAUACCGUCCAAUUCAGACCACAACAACCACCCCGGCUCUACGCUGCACCCAGACACACUACCACGGAAGAAGCCCUCCAUUAAAGAACUGCGGCAUUUGCUUCAGUGGCACCUUGUGUAAUGUUUAAAGUGAGGGCAUUAAUACAAGCUUAUGUUUACUCACACAUACCCAGCAGGUGCAUGAAUGAUGGGAAAUAAGGCUCGGUGAGAGGGCAGCUGCAGCUCCAGUUGGGGCAAAUAUAAUCAACUCUGACAGACAGCAGACUCACAUACUGACCCCAGCCAGGCUUAAGAGUAUCUGAUGGAUUUCUGGUCCGCCAGAGAAAGAUCUACCUUUCCAGUGAGGUAGAGCUGCUAAAUAUUGUAAUAUAAUCUGCAUUAAGUGGAACAAAGAAGAAAGACAUAUAAAGUAAAGACACAUAGGGGAGGUGUAAGGGCUCUGUAAGACAUCUGCAGGUGGUACACAUGAUUAUCACACAUAAUAUACACCCAGCUGACAGGGAUUCUUCCAGACACUUCAGCACCAUGAUGGAGAAGAUGAACCCCACCGGCCCAGCGGCGUCACCGCCUGAUCUGCCACGCCGCCCCUACUCCUCCUCCUCCUCCUCCUCCUCUGCCUCCUCUGCCUCCUCCUCUCCAUCCUGUGCCUCCAUAGGGCAGCACAGUCCCCUCCAGCAGAAUGAGACUUUAGCACCCUUGAGUGCUAUCGGCAGCCCGCGUCCUGCUAACGAGGCCGGGCACAGGGGACACACGGAUGUCGCCUCUUCUGGCUCCAUUCAAUCGCCCAUAUCCACAACAACAUUAACCAUUCACUCUGCAGAUAUAGCUGCUGCACCUGAGACCGUCGUCAUGGAGACCAAGGAGGAGGAGGAGAAGCAACGAGGGCCAAAGAGCACCAUAGCCCCUGCUGCUUCGAGUUGCUCCCCAACUCUUUCCUCUCCACCUCCACUUCUCCCAGCAACCAUCAAGACCUCCUUGGGCCCUCUACCAACUCCAACCAUCACCGUGUCCUCCCUUUCCUCCUCCUCAUCCUCUCUUCCUCCACACAUUCCCGUCAUCAGCCUCUGUCACAGCAAACCCCCUCUCCCACUCCCAAAUACCCCUUUGACGGCCCUACACCCAAUUCCCAACCUCCUACAUGGGCCACAUGGGGACCUUCGCCGCAAUCAGUUGACCUGUUUGCCAAUUGCCAGUCCUGCAGUUUCUGGGGGCCCUUCAGCUCCCCCCCCAGGGACCCUACUGCCUCAGCAGUACCUCUCUGCACACCCCUUCUUCACCAGUUCUUACCUGGGUCCAUCAGGAGGAAAUUAUGGUGUCAUCAAUAACAGCCGGAUCAAGAGAAGACCCUCGUCACACUUUGAGGUGGAGAUCAGUGACUGCCCUGCACACUCAGACAGUGAUUAUGUGUGUCUAACAGGCCCACCCCAGAAACUGGCUCGCCGUGUCUUCACCAACAGCCGCGAGCGCUGGAGACAGCAAAAUGUUAACGGGGCAUUCUCUGAGCUGAGGAAACUCAUUCCCACACACCCGCCUGACAAGAAGCUCAGCAAGAAUGAAAUCCUGCGUCUGGCUGUGAAGUACAUCAACUUCUUGGUCACUCUGCUCAACGACCAGGACAAGAGCAGAGAUUCACAUGAGGAUGAGGACGAGAGCACCGUGGCAGACCAUGAUAAACGGAACAUCCUUUUUCAGUGCAACACUCCUCCUCCGUCCAACGACGUCCCUCCACCCUCGGCCGACCCCGGGACCGUCCACAGAGACAGAGACUCAACAGACUCAGUUAUCGCUCUGGUUAACUCCCCAGCAACAUCCAGUUGCUAUGGCGACACGGACAGUGAGGAAAGCUUUGGGGCUAAGAUUUCUUUGGUGACCAAUGGCAUUCUGGAAAAGGUUAAGGGUCAGAUAAGGAUGGUCGCAGCCACAAAUGAUGAACGUUGACACCAAAAGACAACAAACAAAGAGGUGUGAAUGUCGGACUGAUGGACAGAAAGGACACACAAUCACCGUCAGAUACAGAAAGGGUUUUAAGAGCAAACGUGACUGUCUUUAAUUAGCAAAAUAAGUGUGAGAUAGAUGUUUGGAGAAUUGUUUGUUGUUUCAACUGCCUUUAUGUCUUUUCCAGUGUUGUGCAAACAUUCAGUAUGCAAGCUCUUUGUUUUGGGUAAAAUACUGCAGAGGGGCAGGUUGAGAGGCAUGCAACAUCACGGAAUAUUUAAACAGACUUUAAAAAGUUUCAUAUCCAAAUAAGGUCCCAAUUUUGCUUUUUCAAACCUAACAAAUGUCAAACUAUGUGGCCACAGAACAGAUAAAUUAUGCAAAACAUUGUGCUUGAGUAUAACUAGAUUGUAUGAAAAAAUGUUGAAUCUUUUCACCGUUAAAUCCCCCCUUGUUAGACGACAUGCCAUUUUUAAUCUACAUGCAGCCUUGGUAUCAUUUAUAUAAAAGCUUUGCCCCAGUAGAUUUAAAGUGACUUAAGAGUGACACAUACUCUAAUGUGCCUGCAGAGAAGUGCAUGCGAACAAUGCAAUAAUGAACCAAAUUUGCCGUUAUGGAUGUUCCUGCUUUUCUUAUUGUCGGAGAAGCAGGUCCGAUGGCUCCACCCUGACAUUGUGUAACACUUGUACUAGACAGAAAUAAAGUGUGUUUUAGUUAGCUGUU